AUGGUGCUGGCAGCAGCCAUGAGUCAGGAUGCCGACCCCAGCGGUCCGGAGCCCGCGGACCGAGAUGCCGGCUCUGUGCCCGGCGCCCCGGCGCCCCCAGUGCCCCCGGGCCCGCGAGGGAUGCAGCCACCGCCGCCGCCGCCGCCGCCCCAAGCCGGUCUUCCUCAGAUCAUCCAAAAUGCUGCCAAGCUCCUGGACAAGAACCCGUUUUCGGCCAGUAACCCGAACCCUCUGCUUCCUUCGCCCGCCAGUCUCCAACUGGCUCAACUGCAAGCCCAGCUCACCCUCCACCGGCUGAAGUUGGCACAGACAGCUGUCACCAACAACACUGCGGCUGCCACCGUCCUGAACCAAGUCCUCUCCAAAGUGGCCAUGUCCCAGCCCCUCUUCAACCAGCUGAGGCCUCCAUCUGUACUCAGCACCCCCCACGGCCAUACCGGAGUGCCUCAACAUACUCCAGCCAUACCCGGUGCCCGGUUUCCCUCAAACACCAUGGCUUUCUCACCCCCCAGCCAGACACGAGGCCCAGGACCCUCUGUGAGCCUCCCUAGCCAGCCCCCUGGUGCCAUGGUGAUGCACCCUUUCAGUGGGGUGAUGCCUCCGACCCCUGCCCAGCCAGCAGUCAUCUUGGGCCUUGGCAAGAUGGGCCCUGCCUCUGCUCCUGCAGGAUUCUACGAGUAUGGCAAGGUCAACACCAACCAGGCAUACAGCACUGAGACAGACAGUCAGCCUGGCUUCCUGCCAGCCUCAGCCUCCACCUCAGGCAGUGUGGCAUAUGAAGGGCACUACAGCCACGCAGCACAGGACAGCCAAGCUGCAUUUGCUAAAGACUUCUAUGGACCCAACUCCCAAGGGACACAUGUGGCGAGUGGAUUUCCAGUGGAGCAGGCCGGGGGAAUGAAGGGCGAGGUAGGCGCGCUGCUGCAGGGUGUGAACAGCCAGUGGGAGAGCCCCCCUGGCUUCUCUGGCCCAGGCAAGCCCGAUCUUACAGCAGGGCCCAACCUGUGGCCGCCACCCCCCAGCCAGCCCUAUGAGUUGUAUGACCCCGAGGAGCCCACCUCAGACAGGACCCCGCCCUCCUUUGGAGGUCGGCUUAAUCACAGCAAACAGGGUUUCAGUGGGGGCCGGCGGCGGGCCAAGGAGGAGCAGGGGAUGCUGUCACUGCGGCCCCUGCAGGCCCACGAGCUGAACGACUUUCACGGCGUGGCCCCCCUGCACUUGCCGCACAUCUGUAGCAUCUGCGACAAGAAGGUGUUUGACUUGAAGGAUUGGGAGCUGCAUGUGAAAGGGAAGCUGCAUGCUCAGAAAUGCCUGGUCUUCUCUGAAAACGCCGGCGUGCGGUGCAUUCGCAGUCCUGCAGAGGGAGCUCUGCGUGCCUCCCCGAACAGCACAGCUGUUUACAACCCCGCUGGGAACGAAGACUUUGUCUCCAAUCUCGGAACAUCAUAUGCAGCCAUUCCAGCAAGGACGUUUGCUCAGUCAAACCCCACAUUUCCUUCAGCUUCCUCGGGGACGAACCGGAGAGGUGAUGGCCGUGUGGUACACAUCUGCAAUCUCCCAGAAGGAAGCUGCACCGAGAAUGACGUCAUAAACCUGGGGCUGCCCUUUGGGAAAGUCACAAACUACAUCCUCAUGAAGUCCACCAACCAGGCCUUCUUAGAGAUGGCCUACACAGAAGCUGCCCAGGCCAUGGUCCAGUACUACCAGGAAAAGUCUGCUGUGAUCAACGGUGAGAAGUUGCUCAUUCGGAUGUCCAAGAGAUACAAGGAAUUGCAGCUGAAGAAACCUGGGAAAGCUGUGGCUGCCAUCAUCCAGGACAUCCAUUCCCAGAGGGAGAGGGAUUUGUUCCGGGAAGCAGACAGGUACGGCCCAGAGAGGCCAAGGUCUCGCAGUCCAGUGAAUCGGUCCCUCUCCCCAAGGUCCCACACUCCGAGCUUCACCUCCUGUAGCUCUUCACACAGUCCCCCAGGCCCCUCCCGAGCAGACUGGGGCAAUGGCCGGGACUCGUGGGAGCUCUCUCCUUAUACCAGGAGGGAUGAGGAGCGAGACCCAGGCCCCUGGAGGGAGAAUGGGGAGGAAAAGAGGGACAGGACGGAUGCGUGGGCACAUGAUCGCAAGCACUACCCCCGGCAGCCGGACAAGGCCGAUGUGGAUGAGCGACUGGAAGGAGGGAGGGGCUACCGGGACAAGUAUGCAAGAUCCGGGUCCCCCAACCCAGUCCACUGUGCAUCGAGCUACAAAAGCCGGGAAGACGGCUACUACCGGAAAGAGCCCAGAACCAAAUCGGACAAGCAUGUGAAGCAACAGCAGCAGGAGGCCCCUGGACGGUCCAGGCGGAAAGAAGAGGCCAGGCUGCGGGAGAGCAGGCACCCCUACCCCGAUGACUCAGGCAAGGAAGCCGGGCUGGGGCCCAAGGUCACUAGGGCCCCUGAGGGCGCCAAGUCCAAGCAGAGACCUGAUAGAGACCAAGAAGGAGCUGAUGAUAGAAAAGAAAGCAAAAUGGCUGAGAAUGAGGCCGCAAAAGAGGAACAAGAGGGCCCAGAAGAAAGCCCCCUAGCCGUGGAUGGACAGGAGAGAGGAACAGGGGCCUCUGACCCAGAAGACACAAGGACAAAGAAGGAGCAAGCCUGGGAGAGUGGAAGUGAGACAGAGGGAGAGAGCUGGUAUCCCACAAACAUGGAGGAGCUGGUGACAGUGGACGAAGUGGGGGAAGAGGAGGAUUUUAUCAUGGAACCUGACAUCCCAGAGCUGGAAGAAAUAGUGCCCCUUGAGCCUAAAGACAAAAUCUGCCCUGAAAUACGUUCCUGUGUGGCGGCCACCACGUUAGACCUGAACUUGGCCAAGGCAGGAGUCAGGGAAGACCUAGGGAACAGGGCUGCAGAACUGAGCCUGAAGCCGCCCAGACAGCUGCCUUCUGCCUCCACAAGCCGUCCCAGUGACAUGGACGUGGAAACGCCUGGCCUAAAUCUGGAUGCUGAGCGGAAGCCAGCUGAACGCGAGACCAGCCUCUCGCUGGAGGACUCAGAUUGCUACGAGAAGGAGGCAAAGGGUGCAGAGGGCUCAGAUGUUCAUCCGGCCCCUGCAGUUCAGCAGAUGGCUUCCCCAAAGCCAGCAGAGGAGAGAGCCCGGCAACCUAGCCCAUUUCUUGAUGACUGCAAGGCCAAGGGGACCCCUGAAGAUGGGGCUUGUGGAGGCGGCCCCCUGGAGGAGAAAGCCAGCCCCCACACCGAGACCGACCUCCCAAGCCAAGCUUGCCAAGAAGUGUUGACCCAGGAAAAUCCCAGGUACCUGGAAGCGAAGCCGCUGGCCGUGAGGUCCCCAGAAUAUGCUGAGGCGGAGCUGAAGCAACCCCUUUCUUUGCCUUCCUGGGAGCCAGAGGAUGUAUUCAGUGAGCUGAGCAUUCCUCUAGGAGUGGAGUUCGUGGUUCCCAGGACUGGGUUCUAUUGCAAGCUGUGUGGGCUGUUCUACACCAGCGAGGAGAUGGCCAAGGUGACCCACUGUCGCAGCACUGUCCACUACAGGAACUUACAGAAGUACUUGUCCCAGCUGGCCGAGGAGAGCCUGAAGGAGCCCGAGGGGGCGGGAGGCAGCCCCAGGCCUGAGGACAGCGGAAUCGUUCCACACUUUGACAGGAAAAAGCCCUGA